CAGGAACCCUAAAUUUUAUUCAAACAGUCUCUCUCUUUGUGGCUGAACCAGAUGGUGAAGAUUAAGAAGAAAGAUAAAAUUUCUGCAAAGCAGGUUGUUGUUACUAAUGAAGAUCUGAAAUCUAUAAUCAGAGAUAAUUCAGAGUUCUUCGAUAAGCUUGUAGGAUUAAUCCCUGCAAAAUUCUUUAUACCAGCUCCAGAGAAAACAACAUAUUUUCAAGGAUUAAGUAAGGUUGCAAAAGCUUCUGCCAAGAAAGAAUCAAGAGAAAAUCGUAAGAAAGCCAGAAAAGCUAAGUUAGAUCCUGAGGUUCCUUCAGGAACCCUAGAUGUACUGAAGCAAAAAUUAUUAGAGGAUUCGGAUGAUGAUUCAGAAGAUGAUGAUGAGAAAGAAGAAGAAGAAGAUGAUGAUGAUGAUAAUGAAAGGAGAUUGCAAAUCAAAGAGCUAAGAGACGAGGAGAAAUCUUUGACGUAUGAGGAACUUCAAGGAAAGUUGAAUAGGAAAUUGGAGGAGCUUAGGUCUGGUCGGAAAGCUGGACCUGAAGAGGAAUCGAAUAGAGAGAAGAAAAGGCAAUCAUGGUUUUUGAAAAGAAAGAGAGAAAAUGAAGGUCAAAUCGAAACUAAAGCGGAGAUUAAGAAGAAGGCAGAGGCUAAUAUUCAGAGUAAGAAGAUUAAGGAAGAUAUUGCAAAAGCUGUUGAUGGACUUACUUUUGGUCAUGUGAAAAUUGAUGAAAAUGAUGGUGAAUUUGGUAAGAAAAAGAGGAAGCUUUCGAAAUCGCAAGCUCUUCAAGAGGCUAGAAAGAUACAGGAAGCAAAGAAGGAUCCUGAAAAGGGGGAAAUAAUCGCAAAGAAACAUACAUUGAGUGCAGCAAUUAGUAGAGCUGCAGGUAUUAAAGUUCAUGAUGAUCCAAAAUUGAUAAACAAGAGUAUUAAGAAAGAAAGGAAGCAACAGCAGAAAAGUGCUCAGAAAUGGAAAGAUAGAGAUGAGACUAAAAACAAAGCUAGGGCUGAGAAACAGAAAGCUAGGAAUGAUAAUAUACAAGGAAGAAUUCAAGCUAAGAAAGCUAAGAAGAUCGAGAAGCGUGAGAAGAAACUUAUGCGUCCAGGGUUUGAAGGUCGUACACAUAAAAUUAUCAAUGAGCCUGCCAAAAACUAAAAUUUGGGGUCCUGGUACUGUUCUGGUUUCACUCCUAUCUACAAUUGCCAUUAUCAUCUGCAAAAGUAAGGUCUUUCUUCACAUUUUCUGGGUAUACUACUGGUGACACUUUAUGGAGGUUCUUUGUGAUUAUAUUUGGUCUGCAACUACAGCUCACACCUCACAGAUGCUCACUACUGUUUCUUAGACAACAACCAUAUUACUCUCUUAUGGUUUGCAAUAUUGCUCCUUUAUUCAGUCUCGUGUCAGCUGCUUUGCGAUCUCAGGUCAGUUUGUUCUUGUUUUCUACUUCACUGUUGUUGCUUGUGCCCCUUCAACAAUUUCUCUUGAAACAUCAGCUGCUAAAGUCACUUAUACAAUAUUGCUACACAACAUCUGAUCCAUAUGGUCUGUUUCUGACAUUUCCUGCUGCUGCUAUUUUCAUUUUGUCAAAUACUCAAUACCAAUGCAACACAAUCUGAUGGCAUGUUUUAUCUAAUAGCAUGUUUGUGCGAGCGAAUGAGUAUAUGUGCAAUCUCAAGUGGCCUAUUCGCCCCCUCCAGCUUGAGGGACGGUAAUACUAUGUGUGUGUGAAUGAUUGAGGUGUACUGAGACUUGCAAGCGUGCUAGUCACAUGUGAGUGUGUUGGUGAGGUAUUGUAGCUGUCAGAGUAUAUAGCUUAUUGCUGUAAUCUGUAAGAACUAUUUCUUUUAUCAGUACAAAACAAUCUGUAAGAACUAUCUUCUUUUAUCAAUACAAAACAAUCUUUAGCAA